CAUUAGCUCACAUAAAACGUGAAAUUUACAUUUAUGAAACGUAGAAUCUAAUUAACUAUUUUAACUUAUUAGACGUAGAGAGCGAUCAAUUUUAUUUUUAAAAUAAUAAAAAUUCGUUGGCCAACAUUUAUGUAAAACCUGUUCUCGAAAUUUAUAUCUAUAGAAUCUAAUCAACUGUUUUAAUCGUUGCACGUAGGGAUUUCUAAAUUUCUAAGUUUUUAAACAUUCGUUUAUCUAUUUACGAAACGUAAAACUUCGUCACAAGGCGCAACAAUGAAUGAAAAUGUUCGGGCCAUCCCUAAUUAUAAUAUUUCAAAAAAGAAAUAAACGAUAAAACUCUUUGGAAUCGCGAAUCAAUCUUGCAUCGCUUCGAAUUUGGCGCGCGGUGAAGGGAACUAGAUGGUCGAGACCGACUAGGUGAAAUAUCGAUACGCGCUGCCACGCGCUGCCUACUUCACGCGACACGACGAACGUCACUUGUCACGCGUCAAAAACAUGGUGCGAUGAAAGCGAAGUCGAGAGGAACGAUGAUGACGAUUUACCGCGGCGAUUGAUUGAUUGCGACGAGAGAAAUAAACCGGGCUUGAUUCCGGCUUCGGUUGUUUCCACGCGCGAAAAAAGAAUUAUCGAAGGGCCAAGCUUGCUCGUCGGUAAAAACGAUUUCGCGUAUCCUAUAUAUUUCGACUACAACGAAACCGUUCACAUCCAUCGAUCCGUCGGUUAAUCGAACGAGUAUCGAGGCCGAGCAAUUCUCAUUCUCGAGAAAUAGAAAUAUCUUUAAAGCGAAAAGAUCUGAAGAGAGAGAGAGAGAGAGAAGAAAGGGAGAAAGAAAUAUCGUUCGCAACGAUGUUCUGCCUCUAUCGGAAGACGCAAUUGUGCGAAGAUUCGGAAUGGCUGAGCUUGGCAUUGGAAGUUUUCACGAGGGCUCAUCGUUUGUUGAGAAAUUUCGUGGACUUUUACAAGUUGGUCCCCCGAUAAAAAAUAGAUGGAAAAAAAUAUUUUUUUUUUUAAAUAUAAACGGGUUCGUUCAUUAAGAAGAAACAAACAUCCAUCCAGGUUCCACUCGAAGAAGUGUUUCGCGAUUAAUUACGAGUCGAUCCCUUUGCACGGUGCUCUGGACGUUGUCACCGCCUCGACCGCAUCGAUAAUCUGCGUGAGCGUGUUGAAAAAAAAGUGCCAACAAUCGGAUCUCUACCAAGACAUGUCCCCUUGCGUUCGGUGUCAAGACUUUGACGUUUUGCCGGACGAGGUGGUUCGCAAAGUGAGCGGAAAGAAAGAAACGUUUUCUAAAAUGUCCCUAAGAUAAAACGUCCCCUUCCCUUAUUAGACGGACAUGAUUCUGUUGUGCCUGCAAAACCCAAACGACAUCGAAAACAUUAUAUGCCGGAUAAAGGACGUGUUGUACAUUUUGGAAAGGUUGGCGCCGUGCAGGAUGUCGGAGAAAAUUCAUAUCUUGUCGCUUCUACUCAAGGAAAUAGUGAAGAAGCUCGUCUGCCCUUUCCAAACUCUGGAAGAAUCGUUCGACAAUACGCAAAUCAAGAUGAUACUGAACCUCGUGAACAACUUUAUUCGGGACUGGAGCGAGAAGAGGUCCAAAUCCUAUCCCUCUCUCAGGAUAUGCAGAUUCUGCGACCACGUCAUCGCUGAAACUACUCGACAAUGGGGGACAUUUUGCUGCGAGGAGGCGUUCAAGUUCAACAACAUCCGGAUCGAGUGGGUCCUCCGUCAAUCGAUAUCGGAUGCGAGCAAAGUGCCGCGGGACCCGGGCCCGUCCAAGGAUCCCAGAUCCCUGAGGGAGGAGCAAUUCUUGGACACCGAGGAGGGGACCCGGCGCUCGGUCGAAACCGAGGAGGAGGCGAGGGGCCACAGGGCUCCCCCGAGGAGGGGGGACCGGCACGAGGAGGGGAGGGACUCGCCCUCGAGGAGGGGUCCCGAGUCGGGGGGCAGGGCGGCGGACGGGGCGCCACGGUCGCCGGCGGAGGGCGAGGAGGGUGGCUCCCCUCCGGCGAGGGUGGGUCCCGAGCACGAGGAGGGGGGGAGGAGGGUCAGGGGGAGGUGGAGGGCGCGGGACGAGGCGGGGGCGGACGAGAGCGGCGGGAGGGGGGGACCGGAGGACAGGUCGCCGGGGGGGAGGGAGGGACAGAGGAGGAGGAGGUUGUACAGGGACGAGGGGUCGCGAGCGGGGGAGGGCAAGUCGGACGAGGAGGAGGGCAGGCGUCCGAGGGGGAGGGGAAAGGGUAGGGGGCGGAGGGCGGAUGCGGAGGCGGGGGAGGAGGAGGAGGAGGCGGCGGAGGAGGAGAGGGCGGCGAGGGGGAGGAGGGGGAGGAGGGCGAACCCGAGGAGGGGGAGGGAGGAGGGUGAGCGGGAGGGCGAGGGGGAGGCCGAGGGGGGGAGGGCGAGCGAGAGGAGCCGGAGGGGGCGGAAGGAAGGGAGGAAGAAGAGGGGGGAGGCGGAGGAGGGGGUGGAGGGGGAGGAGGUUAAGGGGGGAGAGGGCGAGAGAAGGAAGAGGAAGAAGAAGAUAGAUUUUGAGAGCGAGAAGAAGAAGGUGACGUACAAGUUGGAGGAGGAGGAGGAGGAGGAGGAGGAGGAGAAGAAGAAGAAGAAGAAGAAGGCGGUUGAAAUAAAGCCGGAGGAGAAAGCGUUGAUAGAGGACGAGAAAGAGAUCAUCGAGUUGGUGAAGAAGGAGCGGGAGAAAGAAAUCGAUUUGAUCAGGGUGAAGGAGUACGUGAAGCCGAUCGUGUUCCCUUACAAGAAAGUGGUGAAGGUGUACGAGAAGCCGAUCGAGGAAACCACGAUCAAGUACCAAUUAUCAAACCCGCUGUUCGUGAAGCUCGGCUGGACCGUGCUCCCCGUUUCGAAAAUCAUGAGGAAAGUUAUCGAGUAUCAAACGAAUCCUGCCAAACCUCAUCUCGAUUGGUUCAAGAAAUACAGGCUCGAAAGGAGGCUGUACUACAACGACAAGCGCAUCUUCAUGAACUUCUCCGGCGCAAGAUCGGCGGAAAUAUAUUACCCGAACGGGAGCCUUGCCAUUAAAUUCAGCAGGCCGCCUGAGCGAGACUACGAUAUGUAUACUGUAUUCAGCCCAGGGGGCAAAGAUUUCAUGGGCGUGAAGAGGAAGUCCCAGAUCAUCGCUGUGUUCGACACGAUGGGGAACGGUGCCGUGUUCGACGAGGAAGGAAAGACGAGGAUCUCGUUCAACCAGAUCGGCGGUGUUUGGCAGGAUAACCCGACCGGCAUCCCCCUCACGUGGAGAUGGGACAUAUUCGAAAGGACGCCGAUACUGGAGAGCGUGUACGUGGAGAAAUCUGCGGCCCAUUUGGAGAAAUAUUUCUACUCGCCGACGAUGAAGAUGUUCAAGAGCAACAAAGCGUCCACGCCUUCGCUGGUUUCGCGAACCAAGGAGAAGAAGACGGAGGACGCGAAGCCUGUCGUCGAGGAGGAGUACUACGAGGAGAAAGAGGAGGAGGAGGAGAAGGCGCAGGAGGUCGAGACCGAGCAAAUUUACUCGAGCGAUGCGUGCUACUUGAAACCGAUCUUCGUGCAAAUGAACGAUUACAUAAGUUUGAAAAUUUUGAAUCGGCGCACCGUCACCCUUCGAUUCCUGGCCAACACGAAAAAUGUGAGAAUAGAGCUCGGCACGAUCUUGAAUUUGACCAAGGAGGUGGGAUUCUAUUUCGUCGAUAUGAGGGUGAAAUUCAGUUUACUGAAAUGCAAGUUCGACGAUCCGAUCCACAUAAGGCCCGACAGUAGCGUGUACAACAUAUACAAGGAAUUGGAAAAAAUCAAAAAGGUGGCCAAGCAACGGGAGAAUAUGAUGGAGAAGUACAGACCGUACUUGCAGACUUGGAAACUGAUGGGGACUAGAUGUAAUCCCCGAUAAUUCCGUUUCGUUCCCACCGAUUCCCUCGCUGUCGGAUCUCUCUCUCUCUCUUUCUCUCAUAAAACAAAGGAAUAACAUAAGAGGGGAGGGGUGGGAGAGCGAAGAAGAGGAUCAUUACAUUACGCAUUAGGAUUUAUAUAAAUAAAAACGAGUAUGUAAUUGAAAUAAUCAUGAAGUAAAAAUCAGAAUCGUUGCCUCGGUGUAAAAAAA